GUUAUGCUUACUAACCAUCAUCAUUCUCUAAUUAUACUUGAUAUAAUUAUUAUCUAUUUCAUCUAUAUAUAGUAACUAGUUAAUUAUGGUAUGAUAUUUCUGUCUUUGUCCUUUUGCGGUACGGGGGUCUGAUUUCAAAUUGAGCAAAAGUACACGCCCUUUUUUUGAUUGAACCAGAAAAUUUGAAUUGAUACGGGGAAUCGCCAUAAUCUAAAUUUAACUCAUCCAUCACCACUUGAUAUCAUCAUAUCAUUCAAACUAAACAUACUUAUAGAUCAUAUCAUAUCAUAUCAUAUCCAUAGAAUCACAUUAUAGUGUACCGUUACGAUGAGAGGUGUAAUAACAAGACUAAGUAGUAGGAAUCAUCCUAAUCUAUUCCUCCUAUCCUCAUUUACUAAUCAUAAGCAUAAUAAUCAAUUACGAACUUUUACAUCAUGUUCUUAUCUUUUUAAAGAUGAAAAAUCAAAGCAAAUACUAAAGAAUCUAGGUUUAUCCUUACAAAAGGGAAAUCUUGCUAGUAGUACAUCUAGUUCUGAUGAUUCUAAUAAUAAUAAUAAUGAAUCAUCUUCUUCUUCCAAUGUUCCCGAUUUAGAACAACAAAAGGAAGCUAUUGAAAAAGCAUCAGCUUCAAGUUCAACAUCACAUCAAGAUCAAGUAGAGCCACUUCAACGUGAUGCCACAGCCAAUACAUCACCUACUUCCACUUUAACUGAUUCUAACGAUAAUACCAAUAAUGAUACCACCCUUAAUACCACUAAGACCUCCAACGAAACUAAUGAUACCAAGACUAAUGAUAAUAUCCAAACCAAAGCUGAUACCACCAUAUCCACCAGUGAGAAUACCAUCCAUGAUGACGAUAACCACCAUAUAAUCAAAUCCACGGGUGGUGGAGGAUAUGAUGAUCAAAUGUAUCAAUUACUUCAAGAUGCUUAUGAUACCACAUCUCAUAUGACAACUGAUGAUAUUAUAAUUCAAAUCAAUUUUGAUCAAGGACGACAAUUAUUUGCAUUUAAUUCUGAUCAUUAUUUAAAUCGAAAACAAAUCAUUCGAAAUUUACCCAAUGAAAUUGAUUUAUUUAAUAAGGAUGAUUUAGCUAAGAUUGAUGAUAUUUAUCAACAAUUACAACAAUUAGAUCAUGAUAAAACUACUCAAAUGAAGUAUUUCAAACGUUAUUUAAAGAAAUAUGAUGAUCCCAUUAUCAAUUUGAUUCAAGAGUUUAAUGGAAUUUCAAAAAAAUUUAAAUUAUUAAGAAGAAAAGAAAUUGAUAACUUAUCUUUAUCAAUGGGUUCAUAUUUAUAUAAUGAGAAUUUAUUUAAUUUGCCUUAUAAUGUGGUGGGGUUUGAUAGAAGUAUAAGUGGAUUACCUUUAAGAUCAGGAGGGAAACAUGAAUUAACAGAGAAAUUGUAUCCUCAAGAAUUCAUUGAAGAUUUACAAAUGUUUAGGGAAAAGAUUCCGAUUCAUAAACGAGAUCUUGAUUUUGUCGAAUUGGAUGAUCAAGAAUCAAUCAAUAUCGAUCCUAGACAUACUUCAAUGAAUCAUAGUCGACUGAUGAUGGUUGAACAAGAAAUCAAUACUGAGAAUUUAUCAACUCAAACUAAAUUAGAACAAAUUGAUGAAUUUUUAGAUAAAUUUAUUAAUAAUACUAAAACUCAACCUCAAGCCAAACCACAAAAUUCAAUCUUAGUAUCGAAUAUUGAACAUUAUGAUUCAUUAGAUUUACGUAACGAUUUAAAGAAAAAAAUCGAAAGUGAAGUAUUAUUAUUAAAAAGAACCUUACAAAUUGAAAUUGAAAAUUAUCUUAAAUUAAAUUUAAAAAACUUUACCAAAUUAUAUCUUAACAAUGAUCAAAUAAACUCCAUCAGACCGAAUCAAUAUAAAUUAUAUGAUUUCUCAUCGGUUAAACCACCAAAUAAUUCAACUAUCGUCAUUAUAAAUUAUAAUUUUAAGGAUUUUUCAAUGUUACCUCCUUAUUCAGUGGUAUUAAAUUCUCGAAAACAAUUGAAUCAAUUACGAAAUCAUUUGUAUAAGUUAUUUUUAAUCAAUUUAGAUGAUCAAAUCGAUACCCUUUUCCGAAUCAAAUAUCUUGAAGAAAAAGAUAUGAAGAAAUUCAUGGAAAAGACAUUAAAAACCAUUGGGAAUAUCAUCUCGAUAAGAUUAUUGAAAUUACUUAAACCAUAUCAUGAAGAAGAUGUGGAUGCGUUAUUGUAUAGUCCAUAUUUAUCAGAUGAAGAUUCGUUAAAUUACAAGCGGAUUUAUUGGGUCAAUAAUCAAACUAGAAGAAAAUCAUUAGUGACAAGAUAUAAUCAUAAGAAUAGAGAUAGAUUGAUUAAUAAGUCUGCUUUGAAGGUUGAUUAUAAGAAAUUUGAUAAUUCUGUCGAGUAUUGAAUUAACGCUUUAUUUAUUCAUAAACAUUUUAUACCUAUUUAUUAUAAAAACAAUUGAAAUAUCAUGAUUUGCAGGCAUUUUUUAUAUUAUCAUUUAGUUGUAACUUCUCUCCCUAUACUCUAACAAUU